AUGCCCGAACAAGCCGAUCGCUCACGUUCACGUUCCCGGCCUCGCCCACGGCCUCGUCGCUAUCCGUCCGAGUCCUCCUCACGCUCCCCUUCUUCUCGCCGUCACCGCUCUCAGCGAAGAGGUCCACCUCCACGUCGCCAGUCUUCCCGCCGCCGUUCUCCCUCUCGAGACUCCGACGUCGGACCCCUCCCGUCCGACAAGCCCUUCUACAAGAAGAAARCACUCUGGGCGACGCUGGCUUCAGCGGCGACAGUAGUUGCCGUCCUGCCAACCUGGCGUUCCGCAAACGCCUCUCGCUCUUCCGCCACAGCGUCUCACCGCUCGGCGGACGCCUCCCAUCGUUCCGCAGAAGGAUCCAUGCGCUCCGCUCGCGCCGUGGAGAAAUCUCUGGAAUUCUCCGAAAGAUCAGCGAAUGCAGCGAUGAGGUCUGCAGAGGCAAGUCUGAGGUCUGCCAGAGCUGUUGAGAGGUCUACAAAGGCUGUGGAGGCGAGUGCGAGAGCUGUUACCAGCACGGCUGUUGCUGGCGGGCAUAUGGACCACGAUGGAAGAUAUUUGGGUCCGCCACCGGGGACGGGUGGGAAGAAGGCGAUUGAAGCACCGAAGAUUGACGUUAAACCUAAGAGCGAGGUGGGUGGGGAGAAGAAAGGGGAUGCUGCGAGGGACAGGUGGAGCAAUGCUAGUAACGUUGGGAAAGAGAGGAGGAGUGAUGUUGGGAGAGACAAGAGGAGUGAUGUUGGGAAUGUCGGGCGKAAGAGUGAUGUCGGGAGGAAGAGUGAAGUUGCGAAUGUGGGGAGGAAAAGUGAUUUAGGAGGAGGAUCGAGAGGCAGCGAUGUCGACAGAGGAAGGAGUGGAAGGAGAGAUGAGAGGAGCCGAAGUUCUCGUCCAAGAGAAGAUGGUGGGAGGCAGAUGAAGCAGAUUGAGUAUGAGCCGUUGAGCAACUACUUGGGGAACGCGACUCUUCCUUCGAGGUUGCCGGUGCCGGUGCCGGUUCCCGUGAGAGUGUAA